AUGAUACUCACGCUCAUACGCGCCAUACAGGACUGGCGGACAAACACAAGCCGUCUAUACGUUAUCCUGGUGAACCACAACAUAUCCUAUUAUGCAUGUGGUCUUCUAGCGAACAUAUUCACGUCGCUGCUCCUCGAGUACUCUUACCACAGCGUGUUAUACGAUUUUCAGUUCAUGAUCCUUGCAAUCCUCGCCACACGCAUGCACCUCCAUCUCUGGCGGACGAACCGAUAUCCACACGGCUUUACUAGCAGCCUCGUGGACAUUCCAAUGUCUGACAUCUCAUUUGCAAAUCCCAUGCUGUGA